AUGUCCACGGAUGCUACCACCAGCGCUCCGACUCCUGUUCCUACUCCUAGUACUCCUAGUCCGCCACAGACGGUUUGUGAACUUCAAGUGGACACUCAAUCUCCCGGAUGGCAGAAAACGCUGACCAAAGUAUUGAAAAGUAUUGAAGGGUUAUCUUUCACCAUAGAUGCAAGCCGAGGGCGUGCAAGGGUCUCAGGAACAAUAAACCCUAAAAAACUUCUGCUAAUUCUAGCCAAAGCAGGAAAACAUGCAGAGCUUUUGUGGGUUCACCAUGCAAAUAACCAUGACAAAGUGCAAGGCUAUAAUACAUAUACGAACACACCUAUGGUUUAUGGAAAUGGCUACGAAUAUUACUAUGAUUAUCCAUAUAAUAAUUUAUAUGGAGGAAUGAACUAUUAUAUGGAUGAUCCUCAACAGGCAUAUUUGUACUCACUCUGCCAAGACUACUACCCUCCACUGUACCACCCACCCUACUCAUACUAUGAGCAACCAGCCAUGUAUUUCCCCCAGGCGCCACCACCAGUGCGGAACCAAAGGCUUCAAUCUUAUUGCAACAUGAUGUGA